AUGGCUACCCCUAGUGUCCUAGCUUUUGACGCUGAGGGUCGCGCCAUUGAUUUUGAGGUCUGGUUAGACGACCUGCAGCUGUUCUUACAGUGCGACAGGGCUGACGACCUUUCUCUCUUUGACCUCACCUCUGGCGCCUCUCCUGCUCCUGCUGCUGAUGCUGAUCCCACUGUCCGCUCUCAGUGGGCCACCCGCGAUGCUGCUGCACGUCUUGCUGUGCGUCGCCACCUCCCUACCUCUGAGCGUGCGCACUUUAGUCAGUACAAGAGUGCUCAGACCUUGUACGACGCUGUAGUUGCGCGCUACUCCUCCCCUGCCACUGCUGCACUGAGCCGUCUCAUGCUUCCCUACCUCUUUCCUGACCUCUCUGCCUUUCCCACUGUUGCGGACCUCAUUACGCACCUCCGCACUAGUGACACUCGCUACCGCGCCGCCCUUCCUGCUGAGUUCUGCGCUAAGAACCCACCCCCCAUGUACAUCGCUCUCUACUACGUAGUCGCGCGCCUCCCUGACUCCCUUCGCGUCGUCAGGGACCACUUUCUCGCAGUCUGUCCCACCACCCUCACCGUCGACCUCCUCGAGAAGGCCCUCCUCGCAGCGGAGAAGAGCAUAGUCGCUGUAGGUGCUUCUCGUGGUGACCCUCGCACCCCCAUCUUUGAGGGGUGCUCUCCUUCCCCCUUGCUGCCCUCUGUUGCCUCUGCUGCUGCUGCCGACCUGCUUGGUCUUGAGUCGGUCGGCGCGGCGUCUACCCCUAGUGGGAGACGUCGCUCCAGCAAGGGCAAGGGGGGCAAGGGCGCGGGUGGAGCUGGAGGGGGCGGUGGCGGUGGCGGUGGCGGCGGUGGCGGCGGAGGGAGUGGGGGUGGCGGCGGGACUAGUGGCGGGGGUGGUGGUGGUGGUGGCAGCAGCGGCGGAGACGGUGGUGGUGGUGCCAGCGGUGGUGGUGGAGGCAGCGGCGGAGGUGGAGGCGGCGGAGGUGGAGGCGGUGGAGGCGGCAGCGGAGGAGGCGGUGGUGGUGGAGGAGGUGGAGCUGGUCGGGGUGGUACCCAGCAGCGUAGUGGCGGUGGUGGUGGCCAGCGCUCGCAGCGGCAGCAGCAGCAGCGCUCGCGGGACAUCCCUCCGCCUCAGCAGCUUCGUGAGUGGUACGCUGGGCGUCAGAGGGGUGGGGGUACUGGUCCCUGCACCUACGUUCUUCGUUCCGGCGACCGCGCGGGUGAGCAGUGUGGGGGUGCCCACGCCACCCAGCGCUGCUUUGGCCGCCUGACGGACGCUUGGCGUCAGCAGUUCCCUGGGGCUAGUGAGAUCCCUCGCUGGGAUGAGCUUCUAAGGGCUGGUGUAGCGAUCUUUGAUCUUGAUUUUGAUGCUAUCCUUGCUGCUAUGUAUGCUGUGGAUUAUAGUGAGGAGAAUGAGGGUUACCGGUGUUUCCAGCCCGACCCGGGCAUUGGUACUGCUGCGCUAGGUGCUUGUGAAACUGCUGCUCUAGGUGCCAGUGCGUCUGUGCUCUCAGGUACUGGUGAGACUGCGCUCUCAGACCGCACUACCCUUACGCCGCUCGGCCGGCCGGUUGCGGUCUCCCUUGCUGACCCCUCUGGGGGUCCUGUCCUGUCUCACUUCUCCACUGUCCUCCCGUGUCCGGCUGCCCCUUCGGGCACCCUGUCUGGUCUGUACCUUCCCUCGUUCUCUACAAACUUGGUGAGUGGAGCGGACCUGCAGGAUGUGGGGGUUCACCAGUUCACUCCUGCGAGUCAGCGGGUGACCCACUGCACGGAGGCACGCACAGGCCGACACCUGGCCACGUUCUCGCGUCGGCCGGGGUCGAGUCUCUACACCCUGACCGUUGAGUCUCCUCCUGUCCCUGCGUCUGGUCAGGUGGCUGCGUCGGGUCAGGUGCUUGCUGCUGCGUCCCGGUCAGGUCCUGAGUCUGCCCCCUGUUCUUGUCGCCUCCUGUCUCACGAGACUCUCCUGUGGCACCACCGUCUUGGCCACCCCUCCUUGCCCCGUCUUCGGAGCAUGGCUUCCCGUGUCCUUGUCUCUGGUCUUCCCCAGUCUCUCCCUCCUCUCCCCUCCGGGCCAGGACCUUCCUGUGUCCCCUGUGUCGAGGGUCGCCUCCGGGCUACUCCUCACUCCUCCCACUUCCCCCCGACAGAGGCUCCCCUGCAGACGCUUCACAUGGAUGUGUGGGGCCCAGCCCCCGUCCGUGGGCAGGGUCACGAGCGCUACUUCCUGUUGGUGGUUGACGACUACUCGCGUUACACCACAGUCCUCCCCUUGCGCAGCAAGGGUGCGGUCACUGAGGUGCUGAUCGACUGGAUCCGCGAGGCUCGUCUCCAGCUCAGGAAGAGCUUCGGCUCGGACUUUCCUGUUCUGCGUCUGCACUCGGACAGAGGCGGAGAGUUCUCUUCUCGCCUUCUGCGGAACUACUGUCGUGCACGGGGGAUUCGCCAGACCUUCACGCUUCCGGACUCACCACAGCAAAAUGGGAUUGCUGAGCGCCGCAUUGGCAUGGUCAUGGAUGUCGCUCGUACGUCCAUGAUGCAUGCGGCUGCCCCCCAUUUUCUGUGGCCGUUUGCGGUGAGGUACGCGGCGCAUCAGCUCAACCUUCACCCCCGGGUCUCUCGGCCUGCGAUGUCCCCAGCCUUGCUGUGGACGGGGAAGGUUGGCGAUGCGUCUGUGUUCCGUGUCUGGGGAUCUCGGGCGUUUGUCCGCGACUUGUCUGCGGACAAGCUGUCCCCUCGUGCUGCUCCCUGUGUCUUCCUUGGCUUCCCCUCUGACGCCCCAGGGUGGCAGUUUUACCACCCCUCCUCUCGUCGUGUUUUGUCCUCCCAGGACGUCACGUUCGACGAGUCAGUCCCCUUCUACCGUCUCUUCCCCUACCGCACUCCUUCCCUCCCCCCUCCCCCAGAAUUCCUUGUGCCGGUUCCCCCCCCGGUAGACCCCCUCCCCCCUCAGGUUCCUGCCCCCUCAGGUGUGUCCCAGGUAGACGCCGUUGACCCGGUCGAGGUUACUGGUGACUCUGGUGCUGCUGCGGGUGCUGAGCCUGGGGGUGCUGACUCUGGGGGUGCUGUGCGCGGGGGUGCUGAGCCUGGGGGUGCUACUGCUGGGGGUGCUGGGCCUGAGGGUGCUACUGCGGAGGGUGCGGAGCCUGGGGGUGCUGAGCCGGGGGGUGCUGUGCCUGGAGGUGCUGGGUCUUGGGGUGCUGGGUCGGGAGCUGCUGAGCCUGGGGGUGCUGAGCUGGGAGCUGCUGAGCCUGGGGGUGCUGCGUCUGGAGCUGCUGACCCUGGGGUUUCUCCUGCUGCUGCGUCUCGCCGGGAGCCCCUCUCUCCACAGGAGCUGCGCGAGUGGUUCGCUCGCCGCUGGAGGCGUGCUGCUGAGUCUGGAGGUGCUGCUGGAGCUGGAGCUGGAGCUUCUUCGACCGUCGAGGGUGCGGGUGCUGCCGGUCCCGGAGCUGCUGGACCUGCGGGUCCUCCUGGAGCUGGAGCUGCUGAGGGCGUUGGUGCUGAGCCUACUGCUGUUGGUCCUGCCGCUGGAGGUGUGGGUGGCGCUGGUGCUGUCGCUGAGGGUGCUGGUGCUGUCCCUGCUGAGUCUGGAGCUGCCGCGCGGCCUCGGCCGUACUUCGUUCCGCUCCUGCAGCAGGUUCUUGGUCUUUCUCCUCUAGUAGAGGGUCCACCACCUGUCCAGUCGCAGUCCCUGCUGGAGCCUUCCUCUCCACUGCCUGCUCCCUCUCCUUACACUGGUCCUACUGGAGGUCUUGCUGAGCGUCGUGAGCUUGCGUCUCGUCCCGCGUCGCCUGUUCGUGCUGCUCGCGCUAGUGGUCGCAGUUCGCGUCAGCGUCCUCCUCCUGUCCCUGGCACGCACCGGAUGUCUCUGCGUCCGUCCACUGCUCCUCUGCGUGCCCCUUUGCCUUCUCCUCCUGAGUCCUCUCUUCCUGCGCUUGCCGACCCUGAGUCGGACUCUCUUCGUGCUGCCAGUCCUACUGUCACGCGUCUGCUUGCUACUGUCGUCACUGACCCCUCUUUUGAGUCCACUGCUGCGUCUGCUCUAGUCGCUGAGCUCGUCGACUUUGCUGCUCGCUGUCGUCUCGACUACGCUGCUAGUCUUGUUGCUGAGUCUGCGUCUGUCUGUCCUCCGUCCGUCGGGGGUGAGUGUGCUCUUGGCACGGACGUCCUAGAGGACAGGCAGGAGGAGUUACAGUGUCUAGCGGCUACUUCACCUCAUCUCGCGUCUGUACUGCUUGCCCCUGAGGGAGACCCGGAUGCACUAGACAUCCCGACUCCGCGUUCUUACGCGGAGGCCGUAGAGGGUCCCUACUCCUCUCAGUGGCAGGCAGCUAUGGAUGCAGAGAUGGCUUCCUGGAAGUCCACAGGCACCUACGUUGACGCGGUUCCCCCUCCUGGGGCGAACAUCGUCAGUGGCAUGUGGAUCUUCAGGGUGAAGCGGCCGCCGGGCUCUCCACCUGUCUUCAAGGCACGGUACGUUGCUCGUGGCUUCAGUCAGCGGCAGGGAGUUGACUACUUUCAGACCUUCUCUCCCACCCCGAAGAUGACUACUCUUCGGGUGCUGCUGCACAUAGCCGCUCAGCGCGACUACGAGCUUCACUCUCUCGACUUCAGCACUGCGUUCUUGCAGGGUAGCCUGCACGAGGAGAUCUGGCUUCGCCGUCCACCUGGCUUCACUGGGACUUUCCCUCCUGGCACCCAGUGGAGCCUCCGACGGCCAGUCUACGGUCUCCGCCAGGCACCGCGUGAGUGGCACGACACACUGAGGACUACGCUUGCGGCUCUUGGGUUUGCUCCUUCUACUGCUGACCCGUCGCUGUUUCUUCGCACCGACACUUCCCUGCCGCCGUUCUACAUCCUCGUGUACGUCGACGACUUGGUCUUUGCCACAGCGGACACUACUGGACUCGCCUACGUGAAGUCCGAGCUGCUGAAGAGACACACGUGCACAGACCUGGGUGAACUGCGCAGCUACCUUGGCUUGCAGAUCACUCGGGACAGAGCACGCCGCACCAUUACCUUGACUCAGUCACACAUGGUGCAGCAGGUCCUUCAGCGCUUCGGCUUCACGUACUCCUCGCCUCAGGCCACUCCUCUGCCUACUCGCCACUCACUCUCAGCUCUGCCUUCGGAUGAGUCCGUAGAGUCGAGUGGUCCGUAUGCAGAGCUUGUUGGCUGCCUCAUGUACCUGAUGACCUGCACACGACCUGACCUUGCAUACCCUCUGAGCAUUCUUGCACGCUAUGUUGCUCCUGGGAGACACAGACCAGAGCACAUGGCUGCAGCGAAGAGGGUAUUGCGCUACCUGUGCAGUACGUCGGGCAUGGGGCUAGUGCUUGGAGGGCGGAGUCCAGUGGUCCUUACCGGCCACGCGGACGCUUCUUGGGCUGACGACCAGGCUACGCAGCGGUCGUCACAGGGUUACACCUUCAGCCUUGGUUCCGGCUCUGUCUCGUGGCGGUCUACUCGCUCGUCUUCGGUUCUCGGCUCCAGCUGUGAGGCUGAGAUCUACGCCGGGGCCAUGGCUGCACAGGAGCUUCGCUGGCUUACCUACCUGCUGACUGACCUUGGAGAGCCGCCUCGUUCUCCUCCAGUGCUGUACGUAGACAACAAGGCCAUGCUGGCCUUGUGUCGAGAGCAGCGCUUGGAGCACAGAACGAAGCACAUUGCUCUCCGCUACUUCCUUGCUCGUGAGCUGCAGCAGCGUGGUCAGUUGCGACUUGCGUACGUGGCCUUUGAGGCCAACACUGCUGAUGUGUUCACCAAGGCACUCGCGCCUUGUGACCAUCAGCGCUUUUGCACCCAGCUGGGUCUUGUACCUGUCUUGCCUCACUUGCUCUCCUCUUGA